UGAAAAUAGCGCUUCACCACCAUGGCAAACGUUCCUUCGAUUGCCUCCUUGAGUCUAACCGGAAAUCCAAAUGAUGAUCUGCUCGACUUGUUAAAAACUGGCAGAUUCUACGACUGCACCCUUAGAGUUGGAGACAGGAGGUUCAAAUGCCACAAGCUGAUUCUGAUCAAGAGUAGCCGAGUCUUUGAAAGAGCUUUUUACAACGGAAUGCUGGCUGAGACUCGCUUAGGUCCAGAUGACGAUUUUAACAUCAAUGACGUUUCCGUCGAAGCCUUUGACAUCGCAUUGCAAUUCUUGUACGGGAACGCAGCGGAAUUGGAGAGGAACGUGGAACUGGCACCAGAAAUAUGUACUUUUGCACACUUGUGGCAAAUGCAGCAGCUCUUCAAGGCAGCAUCCGCAGUCUCGAUGCAAAAUCUGGACGCCUCAAACGUACUCCUGGUGUUGGGCAUGCAUAUCAGAUUGGGACACCCAGACGGAUUGCAGGAGUGUUGGGAGAUAAUUGAAAAACAGACCGUCCACGUUGUUUCAUCCUCGAGCUGGGAAAAUUGUUCCAAAGAAGCGGUCAAGAAAGUGCUUACCAGAGAAAACCUGUCUAUUGACGAGUUUGACCUUUUCAAAGCUUUGCAGCGGUGGGGAAGAUCGAUGAACUCGUCGAUCGAAGAAUUUCUUACGCUGAUCAGAUUCUUGAAUUUUGAGGGCAAAGAACUGCUUGAGGUUUGUGCCCAGGAAGACAACGGACUUACAAGUGACGAAAAACUUAAGAUUCUUCUCGCCUUUCAAACGGAAAAUCUAGAGUUGUUCCCAGGGCACCUGUGCCGAAGGAAAGACUUGAGAUUUAAGAAACCCUCUGAGCUGACCAUCUGCUGCAAUCAGCCAGGGCCAUGUACUUCAAAAAUCUAUUUCCCAUUAGCUAGAGAUUUCAAUAAUGCGACGAUUGGCCUGAGUGUGCGAACUCCUCCUGUUUUUAAAGGGAAAAUUUUCCUCACUGGCAUACAUUUGAAGGAUUUAACCAAUUUCGUUGAACCAUGUCCAGGACACUACAAAUUUGCUAUGUCCCACUUGCUUAAUAACAACCAAUAUUCCUUUAUUCAGAUUUCUAGUACAUUCUGCUACGGGUCAGAGUCUGGUACUAUAGUUUCUAGCUUCUUUAACCCACCUGUACAAAUUCAAUCUGAUGGAUUGCUGUACAGCUUUGCAUUUUUGGGUUACGGUCAACAAUUUAGGAUGGAACAUUUAAUGAACCUCUCUGGAAUUCAUGAAUUAGCAAUCACUCCAGACCUCCGUCGUGGUCAACAAGCUGCUGUAAUUGAAAACAUCAAAGGAUCUACAGCUUUUAUAGACGCAUUUCAGUUUCAAAUAGAGGACAAUUAAUUGUAAAAUUUGUACCGAAAGAAAAGAAGGAAUUGAUCAAUUAUAUAUAAUUUAUUUUGAAAAAGAAGAAGACACUUUUUCUCAAACAAUAUUUUAUAAAGAGAUCCGCACUUUAAGGAAUUGCAAGAGACUUGAAAUUUGCAUAAGUAACAAUACUCUUGAAGUUAAAAAAAUGAAAGUUUACUGAAUAAAGUUUCAGUCAAAAAAUAAAAUCCUUAUAAUUAUGUUAUAUGUUGAUGAAAUACAAUAAAAAUAAA